CAGGGAAGUCACUUCUAUCGAAGUCACUUCUCCUCUUCACCGACCCAGGUAAGCUUUGCAGUGAGAGCAAACGCCGGAAACUUCGCACUAGAGAGCUAGAGGGAUCGGCUGUGCGACCUAAAAGGACGAUCAACGACAAGGCCAAGCGGAUCUCGCUGAGAGGCAAAGUAGGGGAGAGAGGGAGAGGAAGAACGAAAAGAGGGGAGCAGGGAAAGAGAAAGAGAGAGAGAGAGAGCGCGCGCGGGGCACCUUCUACACGCGAAGAUGAACACCAAAGCCGCGUCGGAGCGGUACCAGCGCCAGCUGUUGGAUCUGGUCAAACAGCCGGGGAACGAUGUGUGUGCCGAUUGCCGCGGUCGGGCGCCCCGAUGGGCGAGCUGGAAUCUGGGCAUCUUCGUCUGUGUUCAGUGUGCUGGCGUACAUCGAAAGAUGGGGACGCAUAUCAGCAAGAUCAAGAGCUUGACGUUGGAUACAUGGACGAGGGAGCAUGUCGAAAGGAUGAAGGAAAUGGGCAAUAUCAAGUCAAACGAGAAAUGGAAUCCCGACGAGAGGAGAAAUCGGCCGCCGGCCAAUGUCGACGAGGGCGAGCGUAACAGCGAGCUGGAAAGAUUCAUCUUUGACAAGUACAAGGGAAAAUUCAUGGAAAAGAAACCGCCGCCUGUCCCGCAAAAAGACGCUUCGUCAUCGUCACUUCGGCUUCCACCGUCUCCAAACCCUGCACGAAGCUCGGGCGUGGCCUACGGAGAGUCGAGGAGGCGGUUGCCAGAGGCGUUGAGCGAUUCCGACCCGAUUUCGAGAUCAAAGACUGCUCCUAUACCUGCAUCUUGGGCUGAGGCGAGAGCAAGGGCCGCUUCGGUAUCACCUGCGCCGCCUGCGCCGAGGUUGCCGGAUCGAGUAGCAUCUUCCUCAGCUGCCACAACACCAGCCCAAGCAAGCGAUGUCGCAAGACCCGGUCCCGCCUCGGCCUCGAUCCCGCCCCGAGCCUCGUCAUCCCUUCAGGUCCCUGUCGCUUCUUCAAAGACAUCCCAAACAACGAAUGCGACGCCAUCAUCAUCUGUGUUUGACGACUUGCUCCAGCUACAACAGGAACCGGAUUCUACGCCUCAACCGCCACUCCAGAUGAAUCCAUGGGCAGGCAUGCAAGCGGCAAGUCAGCAGGUGCAAUCGCCCAUGGCUAUGCAGCCCUAUCAGCAACAGCACCAGGCUCCAUUUUCGCCCGCGGGCAACCCAUGGGCGCAUGCUAAUGGGAACCAGAGCCUACCUCCAACGAACCAACAUCUUGGGGCAGGGUUCCCCUCACCCUCCUAUCAGCCUCAGCAAGUGGCCUAUGGAGGGCUUGCUAUGGGUGGUGUCAUCCAGCAGCAACAAAAUAGAAGCACAAGCCUUGGAUCCACGGCGUUCACCUCCAAGCGUCCGAGCCCAGGAAUCUUGCUCAAUAAUCCUUUUUCACAGCAACAGCAGCCGAUGAACGUGCAGAUGCAACAGCAGACAGGCGUAGGUACUGGUAUGCAGUCUGCCAUGACGGGCUACAGUGGCGGAUUCGGAGACGUGCGGCAGCAGCAACUGCAACAACAGCAACUGCAACAACAGCAACUACAACAACAGCAGCAGCAGCAAAUGAUGAUGAUGGGUCAACAAGCUUUCAGCCCCGGCGCAUACAAUCACAACCAACAGAACAAUAAUCAGUAUGGUUCUUAUUUUGGAUGAUCACGAAACAAUCUCGCUUCGGCUACCUCCCUCCCUGACUCUCGCUCGCUCGCUCUUUGUACUGAUAAUUUCCUCCUCGUCGGACGAAUGAGAACUUCUUGC